AUGGAGGACGAGAAAUCUGCAAAAGUCAAGAAGAAGGGUGCCGCUCACCGAAAGUCUCUCUCUUGCGAGUAUUGCAGUCGAUCUUUCGCCCGCUUGGAGCAUCUCCAACGCCAUCUCCGCACCCAUACCAAGGAGAAACCUUUCUCAUGUGACAUUUGCUCUAAAUCUUUUGCCCGGAGUGAUCUUCUGGUGCGACAUGAACGAUUGGUCCACCCAGCCGAGAGUGCUGCCAAUCGAGAACAUCGGACACAGAAUGGUAUCGAUAACACCCACCAUGACAUUCAAAUACAGCCGACUAUAAGUCAACCUGCCCACCAUGAGUCGCGCAUGCUAGAGCUUGCCGAUGCCAUCCCGGUCCACACCCAAGUGCCUCCACCUCCCGAGGUCCAGGUCCAGCCUCCAUCGAUAGUCGAGACACCACAUUUCAAUCCUUCCUGGGGCUAUGAUUUGAAUCUCUUGUCGCACGCCGCAAGCCAUGUCGCUUUGGAAGGGCAGCAGGAAAGUCUGGAGUCGCUUCGAAAACCGUCGCAUUCGGUCGGCACACCAUCCCAAUCCGUUGCACAAGUUCCAGGAAGAGGGAUUACGGAUAACUACGGCCUUGAACCUUCUAUUUUGGACUUGACGGAUCUGGGGGAUCCCGUUCAAGACUUCACGGUCUUUCUGGAAAGUGUGGGUCUGUCGUCCGACUGGGACUCUGGGGUGUUCUCGUCGGUUGAGGAUCCUAUGUUGCCUCCAAAUAUGCCCAUGGAUUCGAAAUCACAAGUCAGAGAGCAAACAGCAUCGACAAGGCUGGGCGGAGAUUUGAUGGGUGAUCCACGAAUGCAAGCAGAAGAACCACCGUCCUUCUCCAACUUCGGGUCCCGAUUACCGUCCCUGCAACCCGAAUCUCACGAGAUUGAAGAUCGCAUUGGUCUAUCCGAUGAAGGUUCACGACCCGCAUGGGAUAUCACAAAUACUGAUCGCCAAGUCUUCAUGUCAAAGCUCGAAGAAUUCUCCUCUGUUCUUCCUAAGGGGUUUGUUCCGCCGUCUCGGCAUGCUCUAUCUCGCUUUUUCGCUGGAUAUAUCAAUGGGCUGAAUGAACAUCUUCCCUUUGUGCACGUCCCUACAUUAUCUGUUGCCAAAUGCUCUCCCGAGCUUACCCUGGCAACAGCAGCGGCCGGAUCACACUACCGCUUUGAAAAUGGCCGAGGAAUUGACCUUUUUCAUGCAGCAAAAGCAAUCCUUUUAGAGCGUCUCCGUCGAAGAGAUAGCAGACAGGUUCCUCACCCAUCAUGGAACUAUAUUUCUCCUCCAUCGAAUUUUCACAACUCCCGUGGUUCGUCCAUGAUUUCGAACACCGCAAGCAGUCCCUUUCAAAAUCAACACCUCCCACCUCCUAUCAAUGCGUCGAUCUAUACGCCAGACGAUUCUGAUGCCCAUAUGGAGGUGAUUCGGACCUUUUUACUAUUGACCGUGUUUGCAUCCUGGGAGAGACACCCAGAACUCCUUCGAGAGAUUCUUUCGCUUCAGAGUACACUGGCUCGGCUUGUUCGGGAACACGGUCUGGCAGAACCACCACCCACCCUCGAACCCAUAAGCUGGGAAGAUUGGGUGCGAAGAGAAGGAAAUAGACGAACAAAAUUGAUCGUCUAUUGUUUCUCCAACCUCCAUUCUAUCAUGUACAAUAUUCCUCCGCUGAUUUUGAAUGGGGAGUUGAAGCUGAAUAUGCCCUGUUCACACGACCUUUGGAAAGCUUCCAACCCGGCCCAAUGGCGGCGAGUACUCCGCACCCGACAAGGCUCGGAUGUUCCUUUUCAGGAUGCAUUUGCUCGGCUUUUCUUAAAAUCAUCUAUUUCGCUUCCAUCGGCUCCUAUUUCUCCUCUCGGCAAUUACAUCCUCAUUCACGCCAUUAUUCAGCAAAUUUUUUUUGCCCGCCAACUUUGUCUGUCGGCUCCAAACAUGCAUGGAACUAGUCUGAGACAGGAAGAUCUCAACGUGUUAGAUAACUCGUUGAGUGCCUGGAAGGCAUUGUGGAAACGCACGCCCGAAUCCAGCAUCGACCCUCAGAAUCCAGCCGGCCCUAUCGCCUUUACAUCAACAGCACUCCUAGGGCUUGCCUACAUCCGACUACAUGUUGACCUCGGCCCCUGCCGACAUCUGAUCACUCAGGACCCGGUCCAAAUCGCAGGAGCUCUGAUCGAGUCGCCACCUAUCGUCCGAAGCCCGCGAUUGAUUAUGGCACUACUACACUCAGCCCAUGCUCUGUCUAUUCCCGUUCGACUAGGCAUCGACUUCGUGGCAAGAACACACUCAUUCUUCUGGAGCAUUCAGCACUCUCUCUGUAGUUUAGAAUGUGCUUUCCUCUUGAGUAGGUGGCUCCUCGCCAUCCCCGCCACACAACCAGAGCAGAGAUUAUCUGAACACGAGCGCAAACUGCUUCUAUGGAUCAAGAGCAUGAUGGAUGAAACCGAAAUGGCUGUUGAUCCGCCAGGGGCACCCGAUACGGAAUUCAUGGCCAACCCGUACAAAGUGCGUCAGCUCAGUGUUGCUAUUGUUCGGGUUUGGGCCCGGACGUUCAAGGGCAAUACCAGUUGGGCGAUUGUGGACUUGGUAGGCUCGAGCUUGGACACCUACGCCGAUCUCUUGGAGACUACAACAGGUUUUGCAUGA